UGGCCCCUUGGCCCGGAACCGCACGACCACCGGACCAGUCUGUUCAGCCGGGGGACACCCCCCGCCCCCCAUCCCCAAGGUGGAGAGAAGAUCUAAUCCUCUAAGCCAUGGCCGGUGCUCAUGAUUUGGAGAUGGAGAGCAUGAAUCUAAAUAUGGAGAGGGACCCGAAAGAAGAACUGGAGGAAGAAAAGAAAAGGAGAGAGGAGGAGGGAGGUAAGGCUCUCUCCAAAGAUAAAAAGGUCCACAGGAUUGUCUCCAAAUGGAUGCUUCCUGAACAGGUCCGAAGAUCAUACUUGGAUCGAGCCAACUGCUGUCCACCCCCUGUGUUCAUCAUCUCCAUCAGCCUUGUCGAGCUGGCCGUGUUUAUUUACUAUGCUGUGUGGAAGCCUCAGAAGCAGUGGAUCACCUUGGACUCCGGCAUCCUGGAGAGCCCCUUUAUCUACUCUCCCGACAAGAGGGAAGAAGCGUGGAGGUUUAUCUCGUACAUGCUGGUGCACGCUGGAGUCCAGCACAUCGUGGGGAAUCUGGUUAUGCAGCUCAUUUUGGGCAUUCCCUUGGAAAUGGUCCACAAAGGCCAUCGAGUGGGGCUGGUGUACCUGGCCGGAGUGAUUGCAGGCUCCCUUGCCAGCUCCAUCUUCGAUCCACUCAAGUUUCUUGUGGGAGCAUCAGGAGGUGUCUAUGCCCUGAUGGGAGGCUACUUCAUGAAUGUCUUGGUGAAUUUUCGAGAAAUGAUUCCUGCCCUUGGAGUUAUCAGACUACUGAUCAUCAUCCUGAUAAUUGCCUCUGAUGUGGGAUUUGCUCUCUACAGAAGAUUCUUCGUUCCUGCAAAUGAGUCACCGGUGUCUUUUGCAGCUCACAUUGCAGGCGGAUUCGCUGGAAUGUCCAUAGGCUACACGGUCUUCAGCUGCUUUGAUAAGGCCCUGCUGAAAGACCCAAGGUUUUGGAUAGCAAUUGCUGCUUAUUUAGCUUGUUUCGUAUUUGCUGUGUUUUUCAAUAUUUUCCUAUCACCGGCAAACUGACUGUCCCAAAUAUAUACCAGUAACAAGUCACCAGAAGGGAGUGUAGGGGGUGGGGUGGUGGAUGGACUGACAACUCAUAUCAAGGAUCAGAGACCUUCUAAAUACAGGC